UGUUUUCUUUGAUAGGAAAAAUUAUGCAAAUAGAGCCCUUAAUCUCCCUUAGAUCUUACUGUAUAUAACAUGGGCUUCCAUCUAUACACAAAAGGAGCAAGACAUCAUGUUCAUUUUCUGUAGAACUCUUAUCUUUUGAGGGACCUAAAACAAAUACAUUUGAGAUCAACGUGUGUGCAAAAGCAAAAGUAAAACCCUUUCUGCCUUUGCAGCUCUUAGGAGCAAUAAAGCUUGCAUACAAAGCCCUACAACACUUGAAAUGUCAUCCACAGAGCCAAGAACAGGCCGAACACGAGCCGUGUGGCGUGUGCGCUUAGGCUCCGCGUUACGGACCAUACUAGCAUGCACCAUAGUUGGCUGCACCACUCUGUAUAGCCCAGCCUCUGUCAAGCACUUUCUAAGAUAUCCAGCUUUUUCUUACGUGACAACAAUCCUAAUUGUGUCUGAUGCGACACUAGGUGAUGCUCUAAGAGGUUGUUGGCAUGCCUUGUUUGCUACCAUUCAGGCUUUGCUUCCAUCCAUGCUAUGCCUGUGGGUGAUUGGGCCAGCCAGGUUCACCAACGAGCUAGCAGCUUUGGCAGCCGCAACCAAUGCAUUUUUGGUUGCUUUGCCUGAGUCAACACACUUGAUGUGUAAAAGGAUUGCUUCUGGGCAGAUUGUGAUAGUCUAUGUGGGUGCUGCCAUUAAUGGUGCAAAAGCUAGAGCUAUCACACACCCAAUUCAUGUGGCAUCAAGCACUGCCCUUGGAGUUUUGGCUUCUCUCCUGGCUAUGUUGUUACCCUACCCGCACUUGGCCUUUUAUGAGUUACGAAAAACAUGCCAAUUAUAUGCUGAAAAUGCUUUUGAGAGAUUAAAUUACUUCAUCGAUGCCAUUUCUGCCCAAGACAACACAACUGCACGUGACCUGAUUUCCCAAGCUAUGUCCCUUUCCAAAGCAGGAAACAAACUUCUUCAAAGUAUCAAAAAAUAUAUGGACGUCUUGCGGUGGGAAAGACCUCAGACGAAAUUCUUAAAAACCCGUUACAUUAACCUUGGAGAGAAAUUGCAACACAUGGAAUUACCAAUAAGAGGGAUGGAAAUGGCCUUAAAUUGUAGCACAGCUUCCUGUAUUGGCAGCAUGAUGGAUGAAGAGCUCAGAGAAGUUUUGGGAAGUUUGAAAGUACAAAUAGGCCAAAAAUUUGAGCGAGCUAAGUGCUCUAUGCCCAUUGAUGCAACAAUAACUCUUUUAGAGACAAAGGAACAAUUUUUAGACAUGUACCUUGGGAAGUUCCGAAACAUAUCCAUAACCCAAGAAAAUUUGUCAGCAUUCUUCUUCUUGUAUUCUCUAGAAUUGCUCUUGGAUGACUUACCAAUUGCUCAAGUCCCUGAGUGUGCUUUGGAAUACACUCAGAAUAUUGACACUGAAGAAUAUAUUGAUUCACAAAAUCAAGCAAUGGGUAGCUUCAAUAGGACCUGGAGCACUCUUGACAUAUUUCCUACAAGCCAGAGUUUGGUUUUUGCUUUUAAGUGUUCACUUUCUCUAGGUCUUGCUGUGCUAUUCGGUUUGAUGUACAACAAGGAAAAUGGAUAUUGGUCGGGACUCACGAUUGCUAUCAGUUUUGUAACAGGACGACAAGCCACGUUUACAGUUGCAAAUGCUCGAGCACAAGGCACAGCAAUGGGAUCAGUCUAUGGAAUCCUAUGUUGCUAUAUUUUCCAAAGAUUUGAGGAUUUAAGGUUCUUAGCAAUGCUACCUUGGAUUAUUUUCACCAAUUUUCUAAUGCAUAGCAGAAUGUAUGGCCAAGCUGGUGGAAUUUCAGCAGUUAUAGCGGCAUUAUCAAUCUUGGGUAGGACAAAUUAUACCAGUCCAAGUGAGUUUGCAAUUGCUAGAAUUUCAGAGGCAUGCAUUGGAUUAAUUUGUUUCCUCAUAGUAGAGAUUCUUUUGAAUCCUGCAAGAGCAGCAACUCUGGCCAAAACUGAACUUUCAAGGACCUUGGGGGCACUUCAAGAUUGGAUCAACAGCAUAGUUCUUUGCUCUAACCAGAAGAACAUGCCAGCUUCCACUUUGCAGGCAUUGAGAGAAAAGCAGAACAAACUGAAAACUCAUUUCAAUGAUUUGGAAAAGUUCAUUUCAGAGGCAGGUUUGGAGCCUGAUUUCUGGUUCUUGCCUUUUCAUGGUCCUUGCUAUGGUAAGCUCCUAGAAUCUUUGUCAAAGAUGUUGGACCUUACAAGUUUCGUGACUUAUAAAAUAGAGUUCCUCUCACAAGUAUCAAGAAGAUUUGCACUUGAUUUUAAUGAACUCCAAGAACGCAUGAAUGAUGAUCUAGAGCUAUUCAAGGAAAGAGUUGGCUCUUCAUUGAAACACCUUGAAAAGGCGACUUCAAUCAAGUCCCUUGCAGCAUUGGAGAAAGAGUUGCAAAAGAAAGUCAUGUCUCAAGACAUUGAGUUGGGAAAUUCACCAAAUGUAAAUGCGUUCCAGCUCUUUGGUACAGAUGAAGAAGAGGUUAAAAACAUUAUGAGUUCUUUUCUUCGACACUUGAAUGAAGAAGCUGACAAGAUUUAUGCUAAGGCAAUUGAGGAGAAGCUUAAGAGCCAAAUAGUUCUAUGUUUGACUGGCCUGAGCUUCUGCAUUGGUUGUUUGAUAAGAGAAACGAUGGAAAUCAAGAAAGAAGUAAAAGAACUAGUCAAAUGGGAAAAUCCCACAAACCAUGUAAAUUUGAAUGAAAUUUCCUGUAAAGUUAAUGCUUUGCAUACAUGAUAUAUUAUAUAUUGAUAGAACCACCACCGUGGGCAAUUCUUUGAGU